CAGUAUUUUGGUAGUAUAAUGCAGCAAGGUGCAAGUUUGUUGAUGAGUGAACGUCAAAGAUUGGCUGAACUAUUAAGAAAAUGCUCCAAGAAUUUUUUGUAUGAUCAGGGGAAGGAAGUUCAUGGAGCUGUAGUGAGAAAGGGUUAUGGGUUGGAUUUGAUGAUCAACAACGACAUCAUAGAUCUGUAUGGAAAAUGUGGUAGGAUUGAAUUCGCUCGCGCUGUGUUUGAUAGAAUGCCUGAUAGGAAUGUUGUCUCUUGGACAGCAUUGAUGUGUGGGUAUUUGCAAGAGGGUGAUGCCAGACGACCCUUAUUGCUCUUGCGUGAAAUGGGACUUUCAAGCGUUAAGCCUAAUGAAUUUACUUUCUCGACAAAUUUUAAGGCAUGUGGAAUUCUGGGUGCUCUGGUAAACGGGAAGCAGAUUCAUAGUUUGUGUAGUAAAAGAGGAUAUGAGUGGUAUCCUGUGGUUGGGAAUUCGAUCAUUGAUAUGUACUCGAGAAGUGGACAAAUAUCUGAUGCUGAAUAUUUGUUUCAUGUUAUGCCUAUCAGAAGUUUAAUAAGUUGGAAUGUGAUGAUAGCUGGCUAUGCCCUAGAAGGGGAGGGUGCGAAGUCUCUGCUGUUGUUCAAAAAGAUGCAAAAACAGGGAGAAAUACCAGAUGAAUACACAUUCACAAGCACAUUAAAAGCUUGUACUGUUUCUGGAGCCAUCCUUGAGGGAACUCAAAUCCAUGCUUUUCUAACUGUGAGAGGAAUCCCUUUUCUUAACCAGAAAAUCGUUUCAGGGUCUCUAAUUGAUUUGUAUGUCAAAUGUGGACGUUUAUUUGAAGCGCAUAAGGUGUUUAAUGACGUUGAACAGAAGAGUGUUAUAUCUUGGACAGCGCUAAUAAUAGGAUAUGCUCAGGAAGUGAAUCUAUCUGUGGCCCUGGACUUGUUCAGAGAGCUCCGGAAUAGUAGUAUUCCUGUUGAUGGGUUUGUAGUCUCAAGCAUGAUGGGCGUCUUUGCAGAUUUUGCUCUUGUAGAGCUGGGAAAGCAAAUGCAUGCAUAUGCAGAAAAGAAACCUACCCGUACAGACAUUUCUGUAGCCAAUUCAAUUCUUGAUAUGUAUCUCAAAUGUGGUCUGAUAGGAGAAGCUGAAAGGUAUUUUUGUGAUAUGCUGGCAAAAAAUGUCAUUUCCUGGACAGUUAUGAUCACGGGAUACGGAAAGCAUGGUCUUGGUACCGAAGCUAUUCAUCUAUUCAAGAGAAUGCAGUUGGAAAAUGUUGAGCCCGAUGCAGUAGCUUACUUGGCUAUACUCUCAGCUUGUAGCCAUGCUGGACUUGUUGAAGAAGGCCAAGAAUACUUCAGAAGAUUUUGUAACGAUCAUCGACUAAAACGCAGGGUAGAGCACUAUGCUUGCAUGGCUGAUAUCCUAGGUCGAGCUGGACGUUUGAGAGAAGCAAAACAUCUCAUUGAGAACAUGCCUCUAAAACCAAAUAUAGGCAUAUGGCAGACAUUGCUUAGUGCUUGCAGAGUUCAUAGAGAUGUUGAGAUUGGAAGAGAAGUAGGCGAAAUCCUCUUGAGACUGGACAGUGACAAUCCAGUUAAUUAUGUCAUGAUGUCAAAUAUUUUUGCUGAUGCUUGUUGCUGGAAAGAGUGUGAGAAAUUAAGAGGAAUAGUGAAGGCAAAAGGUCUGAAGAAAGAAGCAGGACGUAGUUGGGUUGAAAUUGAUAAACAGAUCCACUUCUUCUAUAACGGAGACGAUGCACACCCACUUUUUGAAAGCAUCCAUGAUAUUCUGAAAGAAAUGGAGAAAAGAAUGAAAGAAGAGAUAGGUUAUGCAUAUGACACAAGUUUUUCAUUGCACGAUGUUGAAGAGGAGUCAAAGCAAGAAGGCUUGAGACUUCACAGUGAGAAGUUGGCCAUUGGACUGGCUCUGGUUUGUGGUGGACUAGAUGACAAAAAGCCAAUUCGAAUUUUCAAAAACUUGAGGGUUUGUGGGGAUUGUCAUGAAUUUAUUAAGGGUCUGUCAAUGAUUUUGAGCAAGGUGUUUCUGAUUAGAGAUGCCAAUAGGUUCCAUAAGUUUGAAAAUGGAAUCUGUUCUUGUAAAGAUUACUGGUAAUCAGAAAGAUGAAAUACACUAGACAGAAAUACAGCUUAAAGAAAGGACUUCCAGAAGAACCGAAAAGAGGUUCCCCACAGGAUAAAAUAGAGUUUGGCUGAUUAUUGAUGUUAGAACAGGCUCCAUUCUCCAAAUUUGGAGAUAUCCAUUGAUACUUUAUCUGUUGUCCCUUAUGAAAGAUUUUUGUGAAUUCUCCUCCUAGCUCCAUUGCUUUCAGUCCAUAUGACGUCUUGUCUUUCAGUAAAAGAAAGUAUUGAGCAGUCCAGUGCAAUCAGAGUCAGCUCCAAAGGUACAUAAAUCCUUGGGAAGAAAGACAGUGCCGUACUUCCCAUAUGAAUAGAUGAAUUCUGCUGCCAAAGGUGAGUCGCAUGAACUAAAAAGCCUCGCUACAAUUGAUGCAGAACAGAGCAAUGAGGAUAAAUGAAUCAUCUUCCAAGUAUAUAUUUGAAGAAAUGAAUCUGAGAUGUGUUAUUUUUGGGGUAAUCCAUUUUGAAAUGAAACAGAUCAUUAGAUUCACAGCUGAUCUGUGACUACAGAGAGUCCAUGGAUCAUUCUUCCAAUUUGCAGCAUUCCACGUCUCUUAUUUUUUCAAAAGGAAAUUAUGGUAAAUUGUCUUAUCUAUCACAAGCAAUGCUAGUUCCACUGAUGCUGUGAAAACACUUGGCCAACAUUGAUGCCAAUUACGGGGAAGAGACAGUUUUGCUUUUUUCUAAUAUUGUUUAAACAUUAGCAGGCAUGUCAUUAAUUAUCAGUUUAUUAUGGUUUCUGAACCAUGCAAUGACAGCUGUAACAAGUUUUUACCUUCUGGACGACCU